AUGCAAAUAUUACCAAGGUUACUUGCCAAGUUCUCCAAUGAGCCGAUUAUAGAUCUUGAUGAGGAAACCAGUAAAACGUAUUGCACGACUGAAAAAGAACUUCCAACAAGUAAGCAGAUAGAAAAGGCUAUACAAACUGGUUUGAUACAUGAACCAGAUAUAAUCACCCAACCAUUAAUUGGUGUAACUUCUACCGUAAACCCCAUUCCUAAUAAAGCCACGUUCCACUUGCUGAAAAGACAUAAAGCCUCUACACUUUGGAAUUCCUCAAAUAUUACGAAUUAUCAACAAUUACGGAAUAAAAAGGAAAAUCGCCAUAGAGCCAAAUCUGGUGUAGACGUGGUAGCAAUAAUUGCAGUUAAUACCGAUGCUCGAAGGGAUGCCACAACGGUGAAUACAGCGAUUCGUACGAAGUAUUCGAGCAGCGUACCAUUAGUUGCUCGAGUUUGCAAUGCUAUGACCAGAUUGGGGCUAUCCUGUCGUAGUGGACAUCUACAACUCUAA